CGCCAUCAUACGCCGCCGAUUUUCUCAUAGAGCUCCAAUAGCGGAUGUUUUGCUUCGCUCGGGCCGCGGCUGGGCUUUCCGUCUACUUCGCCACUGUGCAGGCGUCGGUCUCCGUGACCAUCUCCAACAGUUGCUCCGUGUCGGUGGAGCUGUACGACAACAGCGCCGCCACAACACUCGCCCCCGGCAGCUCCACCACUCGAUCGCUGGCCAACGGAUACGUGGGCAUGUUCCGCAACGGCGUGUCCGAUGAAGCUACUCUGGCUGAGAUAUCUGUGGACUCGGACGGGACCCCCUGGUACGACAUUAGCAUCAUCUCGCCUGAUCCAGGCAGUUGUAUGAGCUUGAGCGCCUGCCAGGCCCAGACUGGCAAGACGGGCUUCAAUACACCCUUGCAAAUCACUCCGCAGGAUAACCUCGGCGAAGGUACGUGCGAGGUGCUGACUUGCGAGGCUGACGGAUGCGCGGAUGCCUACCAGUACCCAAGCGACGACACCAAGACGCACACAUGUCCGAAAGGGACGAGUUUUGAGGUCACGUUCUGUCCCGGUGGUAGUGGCACCAGCAGCACGACGACCUCCAGCACAUCAAACACGCUGACGGCCACGACGGCAGCUCCCACACCCACUACGGCUACUUUAGCGCCAACCACAGCCACACCGACUCCGACGCCAACGGAAGCGCCGGACUCGAACUUGAAUGCAGCCUCGAGUAGCAUUGGAAUUCAGGUUCAGUCUCAGAACUACGCUAGUAACUUCACACUGAGUGGUGCCAGUAACAGCGCUAGUGCCGGAUCAGCAGGCAACGCAGGUGCUGAGACUACUGGUGACGCUACCAAGUCGAUCAAGGCUUCAAAGGAUUCUACUGUGCAAACUACUGGCAAGACGACAGCUACGAACUCUAACGACUCGAACGGAGCUGUGGAGGUGACGACCAAGUCUUCGGACAACAGCACCUCAUCACUCACCUACAUUUUCGUGAUCGGUGGCUGUGUGGCUGGUCUCGCUUCCGGUGGCUUCAUCUACGUUGUGCAGCAGAGGAAGAAGUCUCUCGAUAUGGAGGCCAAGAGCCCCAUGGACAGUUGUGAUCGCUCGUGUCGCGAUGUGUCGGUGUUGGUGUCCACGCCAGACUGCAGUGCCCGUUUGUAGACCAUCUUCUACCUCCGUUUCUAAGCAUUCAACGUGGAUCUCUUCAGUAGUUUCUUCACAUUGACUUUCUGUGAAUAUGAUAGUUUUGCUUUUUUU